AUGGCUCCGACCUACACGAACAACGAACUACGCUCCAUCGGCGAGCGCUGCAGCAAUCGCCUCCCUCCCGCAUCCGCCGUGCAAGCUAUGCACUCGUACGAACUGCAACGCGACACUGAAGUCGAGCGGCUAUUUCACGGCCUCAUGUUCGACCAAGAACAAAGCAAGCAGCACUCGAAAUCGCUCGAAGACGACGUUACAAAACUUCAGUCCGAUGUGAGCAUUAUGCAGAGCCAGAUGCGGGUCAAAGAGGUGGAGAAAGAUGACCUGUCGACGGCGAUGGCAGCGCAGCUGGAAAGCCUGAGAGACAAAGUGGACAAUCACCUCAAGACUGCGCGGCCGCGGAUGCUGCGCCUGGUGCUGCUGGAGAAGAAACUCGAGGUUGUGUACGCGGAAGCAGUGAAUCGAGAGAUCCAGAGGAAGUUCGACGAGCAGCGAGCAAAAGACAAAGACGAAACCAAUGGCGUCGAGCCCCUCGUCAAGAUGGCCAUGCUUACGAACGAAAUCGACCGAGUCAAGCAAGAGAUCGCCGGCACGGAUGAUGAGGUUCAGGUUCUGUUCGACGAGCGAGAUGCCAUGGUGACAUGGCUCGGCCAGACCAACAAACGAAUCGAGACGGCUGUGCAAGAGGCUGAUGAGCGCAUGGCUGGUAUCGAGGAGCUCAAUUCCCAGCGGAUGGCUGCUCUGGAGAAGAAAGUCGACGAGAAGCUUGCACAGGUUGAAGAGAAGGCCGCUGAUUCUCGUGCUGAAAUGGACCCGGAAGUGGGUCGUCGUUCUAAGCUCUCAGAGGCCAUCCUCGAUUUGCGCCUUGGAACUCUACAGGCGGCCGUGGAAUGUCAUGCGAUGACGGCAGAUCUCACGGCACAAUCCCUGACUAAACUCGAACGCAGCACGGAGCGAGAAUGCUCAAACUUCAGAAAGGAGGUGAACGCUGCCUUCAAGGCCACCCAAUCCACAAUCGGUGCUCGAGUGUCAGAAGAGGCGACUGUCCGCGAGGAAGCCAUCAAGCAGAUCCAGCAAACGGCAAUUAAAAAGGAAGAGGCAAUGAUCCAGUCAUUCGCAAAGCAAAUCGUAGAUGCCGAGGAGCGAUGCAACGAGCGCGUGGCCAUCACCGAGAGGCGGAGUCGGAAACAUCGCAAGAUGCUGCAACAGCUCCGUGAGGGGAUCACUGGCAACGCCGCGGCAAGUCGACAGCAGGUCGCCACUCUUCAAGCGAAAGUCGACAAGCUGGAAGGCCUCGUUCGAGCGUUGACGGGACAGCAUGCGAACGUAUCGCCGGCGAGUACUCAGCGCUUGGCCGUGCGGUCUCCAGUUGGACAGAAUCUGGAUCUCUCGAUCCCAAAGGGCAGUUCGUUGGCUUCGCAGAAGAAGGAGAGUCCUCGCAAGGCCACGCCGGUCAAGCAUCUGAAGUUGUGA